CGAAGGUCUUUUAACCCUUCACACUCUACCAUCUGAGGAUUCCUAGCUUGCUACUUCUAUUUUAUAAAACUACAACUCCCAGCAGCACCUGGGGCAUCCUACAGAAAUAUCUGGCUGUGCUCGGUGGUGGCUGACAGGAAGCCGUGGAGGAAGAGGGAGGGUCAGUCCUGUGAAUGGACAAUGACACUGUGUAUGUAAUGAAAAUAACUUUCAGUGAUAUAUAGCAACCAUGCUGAAAGCUGUAGCUGACACUGUACUGAGAUGGCCCUAUAGACCAUGGAGAAAAGCUCUUCUGUGCCAACAGAAUAUUGCAUCUGCUUAUUUUCAAAGUAACAUGAAGUUCACUUUUUCAGAUUCUUCACCAGAUUCCCAAAAAUGUGCAACAGAAAACAAAACAACAGUUGACAAUCUUUAUAAAUUGUCUGUGAACAUUAAGAAUAUUCGCCGACUUAAAAGCUGGGUACUUUAUAAAGAUGUGGCCUAUGUCGAGGAGACUGCAAAUAUUUUGAAAGAAAUGGGAGCGAGUGACGUUACUGUGGCCAAUAUUCUUGAGUCUUGUCCAGAAGCUUUUUUACAGGAACCUGCAGAAAUCAACGCUCAAAAAUCCACCUGGAACUUAGUUUGCCCCAAGGAUGAAGAACUAAUAACACUAAUUGAAAAGUUUCCAGAUUCCUUUUUCACUUGCAAAAGCCCCACCAAUCAGCGAGACAACAUCAAAUACUUUCAAGAUUUGGGACUUAACAAUAAAAUUGUCAGCAGACUUCUAACAAGUGCUCCACAAAUCUUUUGUAAUCAGGUUGAAAGCAAUAAGAAGAUGGUCGAUGCUCUCGAACAAAAUUACCUUAGUCUAGGGGGUACAAGAGGGAACUUUAAAACCUGGAUAAUGAAGUUAAUAAGUCAAGAUCCAUUUGUCCUCUCAAAUACCACCAAAACAAUAAAAGAGAACCUGAAGUUUUUACAAGAUUUAGGAUUUCAUGAUGAGAAAGUAUUGAAACUACUGUCUAAACUGAAAGGUUUUAUCUUUGAUCUAAACACAAACACUAUGGAAAAGGGGGUUUUGUUCACAAUGUCGACUUUCAAAUGCAACAGUGAAGAGCUAAGAGAGAUGGUAAUAAAAUGUCCUGCCCUUCUCUACUAUUCUGUUCCUUUGCUGGAGGAACGUUUACAAGUUCUUCUCCGGGAAGGAGCCUCUAUACAUCAAGUAAAAGAAUGUCCUAAUGUUCUAGAACUCACCCCGCAGAUUGUGCAGCUUAGAGCUAGAAAAAUCAAACAACUGGGUGAAAGAAUACAGGACCAAAGUAUAGAGGUUUUAAAUGGAACUAAAAAAGAUUUUGAAGUUAAUUAUGGAAAGUUGCAAAGGGGAAAAGAACGGCCUCUCUUUAAUCCCGUUGCUCCAUUGCAUGUGGAAGAGUGAUUUAAACACUGUAAAACAGGGCUGGAUCUGUGAGUGGAUUGUUGAAUUGGUUGUCUAAUUGUUAUAUUUACAAUUUAUGGUUUCUGAGUCCAUUAAACUGGGGUAUUAACUUGUUAAAAAAAAAAGUGGCAGAAUGAGUUAAAAAAUUAAUCAACUAUCACCCCCACUGAUCCCCCACCACUUCUGUUCCAAUGCUUAUCGAUCUUCACUGCUAUCUACUUCUUGGUCAUCGCUUGACACACAGGAAAUGGUAUGAGAUGCUCACUCAGUUGGCUAUUUUGACAUACAUCCUGCUGGGGCACCAUUUAAAACCAAAGUCAGUGCGUUCCCACAUCUUGACGUAAUAGUACGUCAAGGUGAUCGGGCGAACACCGUAGUGGUGUGCGCCCGGUCACUUCAGGUGCCUGGCAGUCCCUGAUGGCUUUUACAGCGGAUUAACCCCUUCUAUGCUGUGGUCCUCGCUGACCGUGGCAUAGAAGGUGCUUGCGGCAUGUGAGGAAGCCUAUCAAGUCCCCGCGCUGCUGUGGGCAGGGACCCCUAUGGGUGACAAGGCAGCCCGAUGCUGUGCAGAGGCUGCCCAAUGCCUUGCACGGCAUCGGGACCUGCCU